GCCCCCUCCAGACUAUGUGCGCGAAUCGCGGCGCGACGUCGCGGAGCGAACAUACCGCGACGUUGACGUAUGUCUCCACACUCGCACACUUCACGGCGAUUUCGCAGUCUAGUUCGCGGCAAGAUGGCGCCGAAGCGUCAGCUGAUCUGGUUUGCGGCAAAGCAAGAAGGCUGAUUCAAACUUGGAACUGUCAAGUGAUUUGGUUGAUCAAAUUCGCACCCGGCUUGAAGAUGGACGAAUUUGUAGCUACGGCAGCAUCGCUGUUGUUAUGCGCUGUAUCAUAUUAUAAUUAUCAAUUUAUAAAAUGUACAAAAAAGAGAAAAAGGAAAAGCAGAAGAAGAUGGUGGAUGACAAGUAUCCAUCGAAAUAGAUCAAAUGCAUGUAUGGAAAAGCAAUUGGGUGAACUGGUAGCCGAACCGUCCGGAGAGUUCAAAAAGUUUACCCGCAUGUCUGUAAUGGAUUUCGAAUAUUUACUUACCAAAAUUUCGAGCCAAAUAUCGAAACAAGACACCCACCUGAGAAAAUCCAUUCCAGCCCGCAUACGUCUCGCAGUAACACUUCGUUAUUUGGCCACCGGCGAUGACUACCAGAGUCUACAUUUCUUAUUCAAAAUAUCACCUCAGUUGAUAUCAGAAAUUAUACCAGAAGUUUGCAUGGCUUUGAAUGAAGCUUUAAAGGAUGAAAUUAAGCUUCCUUCAUGCCCCGAGGAAUGGCUAGAAAUUUCAAAAGGCUAUUCAUUGAAAUUUCCUCGGGCCAUCGGGGCUCUAGAUGGCAAGCAUGUUGCUUUGCAAUGCCCAAUUAACUCGGCAUCUGAAUAUUUUAAUUACAAGAGAACGUUCAGUAUUGUCCUCCUGGCACUAGUAGACAGUCAGUGCAAUUUUACUUUUGCUGACAUCGGCUGCCAAGGUCGAAUCAGUGAUGGUGGCGUAUUUAGAAACUGCAUGUUGUGGGAAAAGAUUUGCGACAACCAACUGAAUCUGCCACCACCACAUCCAUUGCCCGGAUUAAAUAAACAUGUGCCUUAUGUGUUCUUGGCUGAUGCAGCAUUUGCUCUUUCGGAGAAUGUAAUGAAACCGUAUCCCGGAAACCUUGAGCGGGGAAAUCCACGACGCAUAUUCAACCAACGAUUGUCAAGUGCUCGUGUUACAGUAGAGAACGCUUUUGGUAUACUGGUUACCAAAUUUCGGGUUUUCAAAAAACCUAUACAAUUGCAACCAGAGAAAGCUAGCAUUGUUACAUUAACUUGCAUAUUGUUACACAAUUACUUGAGGCGUAGCAGGACAUCGUCGCAUAUCUACACGCCUCCAGGUUCAAUUGAUCAAUAUGACCGGAACGACGUUCUCAUCCAACCAGGCUCAUGGAGAAACGAAACCGAUACGACGUGUGCCGUUCGCAAUAUGCGGCAAAUACCACGCCGAUCUCCUCUUAACGCCACACAAAUCAGAGACGAGUUUACUACUUAUUGUAUUCGUUAAAAUAAACAUGAUUAUCUUACCGUC